AUGUAUUUGUUAAAGGGGCAUUAUUGCAACCAGCAGGAAACUUGGGAUGGGGGCGGCAACGUAGAUUGCUUAGACUCUGACCAGUAUCGUGUGGUGCUUGAGAAGAGAAAAAUACUUCGGAUGACGCCCGGCUUGUUUACAGGCCCCAGGCCUGGCCGCUGCCGCACAGGCCCGCCCGCCCUCGCCCUCGCCCUCGCCCUCGCGCCGCGCUUACCCGGACUAGCCGCGGGCGGGCGGGUCCCUCGGUCGGCCGGGGCGGCGGUGGCGACGGCGGCCGGGCACGGGGUCCCGCGACGGCGGCCGGGCCCGGGCGGAGGAGGGGAGGAGCCGGGCUGGAUCCGGGCCCCCGGCUCUCGGAGCCCUCGCGGCUCAGAUCAUCCGGGCGUCGGAGCGGGAGGCAGAGAGCGGGGCCCGCGGGAGGCGGAGGAGGCGCCGAGGACUCAUCGCUUUCCGCCCCACCUGCCUGGGCCCCCCUCCCCCCGCCCCAGCCACCCGAUCCCGAGCUGCGGACCCGGCCGGCGCGGAGACCACGGCGUUCUAGCUCCUGCGCGCGCUCCCGCCCCUAGCGCCGCCGCCGCCGCCUCUAGCGCGGCCCCGCGCACGCGCGCUCUCGACGGCGCUGCCCCUCUCCCUGCCCGGCCCCGCCCCGCGCCGCCGCUCCCCCCACCCCGGCCCUGCAGCUGCGGCGCGGCCCAUGGGCUGGAGAGACCCGGAUGUGGGAGGGCCGGAACUGCGGCUAGGCGGGGGAGGGGCGGCGGUGACGUCACUGCCCUGCGCUGCUCCUUAGCCGGCUGCUGUGUGGCCGCGGGCCGAUCCCUAGGGAGCCUUGAAGUCCUGGGUGGGAGCCAAGCGCGCGGCCUUCGCGCUAGGGCGCGGAGGGCCUCUCCAAACCCGGCCAUCAUCGUCCACACCCAACUCUUACACCUGCCUACAGACGCCGGUCUCCAGGAGCAGUGUCGGUUAGGGCCCGGCGUAGGGGAGUCAGCCUGCCCCUUGGACCCCCGGAGGCCCGUGCCACGGCCAUACCGCAAACGUGCGUGUGCAACCAGUUCACGCCUAGGGACACGUGCCUAGCGCUUCUCGCCGGUUGUCCCUGAGUAGCUCCAGGGAUCCCGAAUUGUAUUUAUGUGCACGUUACAGGGUCACGUGAUUCCAUCUCAACGGGCACUUCCAAAGACCUCCAAUGGGGUUAAGGGAACCCAGGGUUUUUCAAAAUCUAGAGGAUAAUCAGAAACGUGACAGCUGCUUUCAUGAAGAACUAGAGAUGAGCUAAAGGAGUCUUCCCAGUGUAUCACAGACAACUGGUCAGCUGUGUUUACCAAGUCUCUGGACACCAUUUGUAGGGAUAUUGUAGUGUGAAUGAGGAAA